UCCGCGCUAAAUCCUGUACACUUGCGCUAUUCAUCAAUGGAAGUUCUGGGCGUCCACUGCGCCCUCUUUGCAUUACCUGCCGCUUUCAGGACCACUCACGAGCUUCGCCUCCGCCGCCCGCCCGCAGUAGCUUCUCCAGAAGUAUUGACGACGUGCGCUACACCUCUCGGCGGUUUGUCCGCUUGCGAUGGUGGGCGUGUGUGCUGCUGUGUUGCAGAGGUGCUCGAGGCGAGAUCAGCUCAGAAGCAUCGGGUACACGAUGAUGCGCGCCCAGUCACCAGUGUCGAACUCAGAGAUCUACCCAGGUGAUUUUCGAGAUGUGAAGCAGCCCUUUGAGAGGUUCCUAUUGGAUCGCUGGCUACCGUCGGGCGGCAGAUUGAGUGGCAUAUGUAUAAGCUCUGCUCAUCUUCCCUCGCACGGCAUCGUGGAACUGACUCGGAUAAGUGGUCUCGAUUAUCACUUUGACGGAUUUUGC